CCGUCCAGUGUUGAUGUGUCGCAGAUUUUAAAAAGUGAGGCAGGCGGACGGCAUGAGUUUGAUAUGAAGGCAGCGAACGGGCUCAGCGGAAAAACUAGCACCCUCACUGGGAACCAGCGCCGGCCGUGACACUUUGAAGGAACUGUUAGUCUUUUUUUAGAGCUCUUGUGCAUUUUUUCUAGAAGUUUAUUUCUGCGCCUAGACAGAAACAAGUAGAUAAUCCAGUUGAGUCCUGUUUGGAACGUGCAAGGCAGCGCGCGGCGAUGGAGCUGUCAUCAAUAGGAGACCAAGUGUUUGCAGUUGAGUCAAUAACAAAGAAGAGAGUUAGAAAGGGUAACGUGGAGUAUCUACUGAAAUGGCAGGGAUGGCCCCCAAAGUACAGUACCUGGGAACCAGAGGACAAUAUUUUGGACCCUCGCCUGGUCUUGGCCUACGAAGAGAAUCAGGAGAAACUCAGAACUCUGGCCUAUCGCAGGAAAGGUCUCAGGCCCAGGAGGCUCAUGCUGCGGAAUGUCUUUGCCAUGGACCUCCGCAGUGCCCACAAGAUCACAGAGAAGCCCCCACCUCGCCUGCGCCUCUCCCUCACUCGGUCCACGAGCACAGAUGUGGACCAGGUGUACUGUCGCCCAAUCAGGAGGAGAAGGCAAAGGGUGAUCAGAGGCAGGAACUCUUCUAACAAACCACUCCAUCAGCAAAGGAAGAAAGUGGAGCCUAUGGAGGAGGACUGGGGAGGCACCAGCGGUGAGGAGAAGCCAGAGUCCGAAAGCGCCACUGAGGAUAGAUGUGAAGACAGUUCAUACGGUCAGUCAGAAUGCAGCUCGCCUCCAUUACUAGAGCGACAGGACUUGGACAUUGAGGUGGAGGAGAAGGCAGAUGCCCACCUGACAGCGGUACACACAGAAACAUGGGCCGACAAAUUAGAUGGAGGAACGUCUGAAACAUGUCAGAGACAAACACCUGCUUGCGACCAAUCAAAGGACAGCGACUCACCAUUUGAGGCCAGACCAGGAGAUGCGGUUUCCCAGGGCGACGGCACAGUCUGGGACAACAGUGAGAAAGGCGUGGAGGUGAUGUCGGAGUGUCCCAAAUUGGAGAGAAACAACACAACUUCAGUGAUAGUCAGGGUUCAUGGAAGUGUCAAGAUGGCAGGUGACACCACCACCGUCUGCUCCAUCACUGAGUCAAUGAAGGAGGAGGUUAAAGAUGGCAAUCAGACGAUUGCCAUGACAACACCAGACAGUCUGACUCCCCCUGAUGCAGCAGAACAUCCCAGGAAAGUGAUUGUGACACAUGUGACUAUAAACUCCCUGACGGUGACUUUUAAAGAAGCCAUGGAGGCUGAAGGCUUCUUUAAGGGCUAUUGAACGAACAGAAAUAAAAAUGGAGGGAUCAGAAUAACCAGAAUUAGACAGGCCACUCAUUUUGUACAUGUAGAUACUCACGUGUAAGAUAAUUUCACAUGUUUACAAAGCUACACUCAUUUCCUACAGACAUUAUUGCCUUUGAAUUUAAAAAGUGAGUGAUAAUUUUUUAUUAUUGUGGCUCAUUUAUUAGGCGUGAUAUGAAGCCUGAAGCCGCUCCAAAGUACUCGAAUUAUCCAUCACAGUCCAGCAGGCUUAAUGGAUCUCAGUGGCAGGUUUUAUUUGUAGGGCCACUGGGUUUAGUGAGAGCUGGAGACAGAUGGUGAGGCAGCAGCCUAAAACAACACAGAUGACACAACUAUACGGAUGCAGCUAUUUUUUCCAGUUGUCCUCAGUGCUUUCCAACAGGACGUCAGCCUCACUGUCAGAUCUCCUUUUUUUCUUUUUUCUUUUUUUACAAAUAACAUUUUGUAAAUAUGUUGCACUGGGUUUUUUUUUUUUUUUCUCGCUAACUGCAUGGCCUGCCAGUCUGUGCCACACAUGCACAAAGCUCUGUCCUGUGCUGUUUUGGAGAAGUUUAUUUCUGUAACAAAAGAAAUACAACAAAGAAAGAAGACUAACGGCUGCCGCUUAGAUGAAGUUCUGCAUUUCAAGGAGGAUGGAUGCACAAAAAGUGCAGCUGGUUGCUGUCUGUCCUUUAACUUUGCAAGUAUGAAAUGCUACUGGUUCUAUUUUUGUAUUACCAAUUGAUAAUCUACUCUUUUUAGUAGCCUUUGUGCAUAUCAAAAGAGGAGAUAUCAGUUUGUACUGCUGCUUUUACGCUACGUAGAUAAUGUGCAAACAGAAGCAAAUGUAUUUUAGAUCAAACUCUAGUGAGCUAUUAUUUAUUGCAUGUCACUUGUAUAAGCUAAACUAAUUUAUGUCACUUUCUGUGUCUGAAUCAAUCUCUCUCUGACAAAGAUCGAUUGUCAAACAUGUCUUCUCUCUAUAAAGUCAUUUUUAUCUGACUGCAUUUACAAUAAAUGUGUACUAAAAUAAA